AGCAUAAUUUAUCAGCUCUAAAAGAGUAGCAGCAUUGGAGCAGCAGGCAGAAAUAUGAACAAAUUUCAAAUUGAUCUCAAAUUCUAUGUAAAAAUAGUGUACUCAUUUCUACUAGUUGUGCAUGCGAGGUGUUCAGCUAUAAAUAUCAACUGCUUCCAUUGCGACCCGUCUGCUCUCCUCCACCGCCGACGAUGGCCACCGUACACCCGCCGCCGCCGCCGCCGCAGUUCGCGCUCCCGCCGCCACCCCGCGCCGGCGCCGUCGUCGUCCUCGGCGACGACGACAGCGACAGCGAGAGCGUCGCCGAGUCGUGCCCGUACACGUGCCGCCCUGCGCCGACGGCCGGCGGCGACGUGGAGAUGGACGACGACGACGACGACGACGACGGAUGCAGCAGCUGCGUAGAAGGAGACGGGUGCCACGACGGCGACGAAGUCGGCGGCGAGGAGGCCAUCGUCGCCGAGGGUGGCGUCUGGUGGGCGCAGCUAGCGGCGGCGGCGGCGGCUGCCCGCGGCGGCGAGCGCGAGCUGCGGCGGCGGCGAGAGGAGGAGGAGGAGGAGGACCCGAAGCGCGCGGCGGCGAGGCAGGAGGAGGACCGCAAGUUCUGGGAGGAUUGCCUCGCCUCCGGGUAUCCAUGAACGCGAGCUCGACGAAGAAGACGACGACGACGAGCUUGUGAUCGAUGAACACAAACUCACAAAACGUAUGGGUUUUUUUCUUUUUUUUUCUUUUUCGAAUUAUAUUUCCUUGUACAGCCAUUGAAUUUUUCAACAUUUGUUGUUCUAUCUGAAAUUCGGUAGAGCGUUCCAAUCAAUUUCGAAUUCAAGUCAAAUAUUCAGCUCUAUAUCUCGAGUUGAAACAAUUUGUGCAUUCUUCACUGAUGAAUAUUAUACUCCUCGAAUUGUUUUUUUAGAAAAAAAAAUAAUUAAAUGUACAAAUCACAAAAAAAAAGGACAAUUGAAACUGAUUUAUUUUUCCAAAAAAGAAUUCUUCGUGAGGUAGUGGGGUGCCAACACACAACAAGGUGAAACUCGCUUUCCAUGUCCAUCUGCUGAUUAAAUGGCGAAAAAGACUUGCUUUUUUUUUAGUGGAAGCCUCGCCAAAUGCACUAAUUAAUCACGUAGUGAUUUACUGAUUGAUUAGUGCGU